AUGGCUAUUCUCACCCAGUUUACGGUAUUCCCCAAGCUUUCUGAUGAUUUGAAGGCUAUGAUCUGGGAUUUGGUUUCACAACAAUCUAGUCGAAUUCGAUUUGAAAGCUACCAGGUUCGGGCUCAUAGGGCAAUAUUUUCCGAGAGUAAGGUCAAUGAGCUUGUUCCUGAGAGGGAUAAGCUUUUUCAUGGCAAACAUCCUGCUUAUCCCCGCCCUUGGAGGGUUUCGGCUGAAGGCAGAGUCCCUUCUGUGCUUAUAACCUGCCGGCAAUCUCGCUAUUGGGCAAUGAAGCAUUAUCGUUUGGAGUUCAAGUAUCAAUUGUAUAGCAAGGCUCUAUGGUUCAACCCUAAAGUUGAUACACUAAUUUUCGAUAAGCUUAAUACAUUGCUUAUUUUUGUUGAGGGAGGCUGUACCAACAAUAUGCUAACUUCGUCUUUCAAAGACAACACUAAAAUGCCUGUCGUGGAGAGAAUAGCUUUGCUUGAGUCUCAUCUAGCAUAUCGCUGCCAUCUUGCCAUAAAGAGUGCAAGGAAUUUCCCUUACUUGAAGUCGCUCAUUACGAGAACCGAUGACAUUGUUCCUGAAGCCGUUUUGCCUUCUCUUAGAGUCCAAAUGAACCAGCUAUGGUAUUCUGAUGAGUGGAAGGCAAUCAGAGCUUACAGUCAAAUUCCAGGAUUGCGAACUUUGACGGCAUAUGAGAUGAUGAAUACUGGCUUAGCAGAGCCAUUUGGUCCUUCCAAUAAACCACCUAAGCGUCGACGAAGAAAUAUCAAGGUAGAUCCAAGUCAAAUGCCACCAGUUCGUCGAUCAGAUCGAAUCAAGUCUAUGGAGACAAAACAAUAUCUUGAAAACUAG